AUAUAAUACAUCACGUGGAAUAUAUGUAAUAAUGUGUCAUAAGUGUAUAAAGUGAGAUAAAGUCAAAGUGCGUAAUGAUUCUUACUCGCGCUGGACGUUGAUUUAAGAAGAAAGAGAUUAUUAAGAGUGUUAUUUCCUUUUUUCUCCCCCUCUCUCUCUCUCUUUAGUUGCAUGCUCAAGUCCCAUUCUCUGGUCAAGUUCAGUGCGUUGUUCUCCGGACUCGGACGGACGCUUCUUAUUGGUAGGCUGCGACAGUUACAUCACGCCGCUCGUGACGCGCACGUCUUCCUGUUUCCUUCAGCCGCAUCUUAAAGUGAAUCUUAGUGGCGGAGGAGCGCUCUCCAGCAUCCAGUCCUCUGCAUCCAGUCAGUGCGCCUCGGAGACGCACACACGCAGUCUCUCUCUCUCUCUCUCUCUCUCUCUCUCUUUCUCUCCUCGCACUCUCUCUAUGUCUCUCACUCUUUUAGUCACAGCAGAGGAAAGCGAGAGAGACCGACGCGCGAGAGCUCUUUUCAUCUUCUAUAUUUUUCCUGUUUUGUUCCUUUCGCUCGCGCCGCACACUUUAUUCCAGCUCUUCCUUCUUUGAGAAAUUUGUUUUCCAGCGUCCAGCAAACCCCCAGCUGCGUAAAUUCUCUCCAUUUUUCUCGCCGUAGGAGUUCAGGUUGUCCCCCUCUUCAUCUAAAGGGUACUCAGAGGCUUUGAUCCUAGUGGACUGGGUUUGUGGGAUAUGGCCCAAUAGCAGCAGCCCGUGAUGCCGGACCAUGACAGCGACUCCCUCCUGAACAGACAGACCAAGCGAAGACGUGUGGACAUUGGUGUUAAGAGGACCGUGGGCAGCACAGCCUCUUCCGUAGCAGCAGCCACAACAACAACCACUGAUAACAUUGCCCGCGCCAAAGCAGCCAUUUUCAGUGCCAUGAACUCUCUGAGCUCCCACUCUCACCACGGAUCAGACACUGACUCCAUGGAGUGCUCUGUAGUGCAGCCACAUGGUGGGCCUGGCGUUGUAUCAGCCAGCGACAGCGAGUCCAAGUCCAAUGUACUCCGAAAGCUACUGAAGAGGGCCAACUCGUAUGAGGACACCAUGAUGCCCUUCCCUGGCACCACCAUUAUUUCCCAGCUUCUCAAGAAUAACAUGGCUAAAAAUGGAGGAGGACCAGAAAGGGGAGAAAGAGGGGACAGGGGUGAUAGAGGGGAUGCUGGCUUCCCCGGAUCAGGGCUAUCCAAUGCAAGUUCAGAUGCUCCUCAGGAGGAUGCCUGCAGUAACUCCUCUCAGGACAGCACCCCGCAAGAAUGCUUGUCACCGUUUGGCCGUCCACCUGGCCUGGCCGCCUUCGAUAUUGAACGUCUCAAUGAUGAACACCUCCGUGCCAAGCGAGCCAGGGUAGAGAACAUUAUACGAGGUAUGAGCCACUCACCCAGUGUUGUUGUACCUGCAGCUUCACGUCACGAGCGUGACCAUGAGAUGGAUGGAGAAAGGGAGAUGGAGCUAGACUGUCCUCCCCCUCAGUCUCAGCAGCAGGCCCCAAGCAGCCCCCGGGGAGGCGAGGUGUGUGGCAGUGGCAACCGAGAGAACAAGCGUAAGCAGCGCCUGCCUCAGCAGCAACAGCAGAGCUUCACCCAGCUUGUGUGCCAGAGAAAGGAACAGAAGCAGGAGGAGCGGCGGCAACUGAAGCUUCAGCUGGAGGACAUGCAGAAGCAGCUACGACAGCUGCAAGAGAAGUUCUUUCAGAUCUACGACUCAACUGACGACUCAGAACACAAUGACCUCCACAAUGACCUCCACAACGACAUAGGAAACAUGUCCGAGGAUAGCCCAGGCAGAUCUGACACUGGCGGUGACGACCGGACAGGAGAUGACCUGCGCUCUGAUAAUGAAAUGUCUGACCUGGACCCAGGCCACUUCCUGGAUAGGGCAAGGGCUUUACUUCAGGAGCAAGCCCUGCUGGCAGACGGGGAGAAGCCAAGGGGUGAGGGAAUCAGCCGGAGCAAAGGAACAGGAGGACCAGGCUCUUCCAUGCACGCUGAAGGUAAACAGCUAGCAGAAACACUGAAGCAGGAACUCAAUUCAGCCAUGACCCAGGUGGUGGACACAGUUGUUAAGGUGUUUGCCAAGCCUCCCCGCCCUUCACCCCAGCAGGCCUUUCCUCCAUUAUCCAUACCUCCUGAAAGAUUUCCCACUGUUGUCAAUGGAGACAACCCCAACUUCCACACCGCCAACCAGAGGCUGCAGUGCUUUGGCGACGUCAUCAUUCCCAAUCCACUAGACUCAUUUGCCAGCAUGCCAGGUGCCACCAAUGACCAAACUGAGGCACUUCCCCUGGUUGUGAGGAAGACACCCAGUGAGCACCACCACCAGUCGUCAGCUGUCGGUGCCCAUGGUGGACACCAUCACCCUGCCCUUCACCCCUCCUCACUCUCUGCCUCCAUGGGCUUCAGCCCCCCAUCUUUUAGACACCCAUUUCCUUUGCCCCUAAUGGGCUACCCUUUCCAGAGUCCCCUUGGUGCCCCUACAGGUGGCUACCCAGGAAAGGACCGUUCCUCCCCAGACUCCAUGGACCUGUCCAGGGAGACCACGAGCCUCAGGACCAAGAUGGCAUCAGGGCACCACCUGGGGCACCACCAUCGUUCUCUUUCACCAGCACAUCCUGGCAGCACAGCCGAGGGACUCUCCCUGUCCCUCAUAAAGUCUGAGUGUGGUGACCUCCAGGAUAUGGCUGACAUCUCACCCUACUCAGGCAGCAAUAUUCAAGAGGGUCUCUCCCCUAAUCACUUGAAGAAGGCCAAGCUCAUGUUUUUCUACACCCGCUACCCAAGCUCGAAUAUGCUCAAGAUGUACUUUUCUGAUGUCAAGUUUAACCGCUGCAUAACUUCCCAGCUGAUCAAGUGGUUCAGCAACUUCCGGGAGUUCUACUACAUCCAGAUGGAGAAGUUCGCCCGCCAGUCAAUCAACGACGGAGUCACCGGCUGUGAGGAGUUGAGCGUCAGCCGUGAUUGCGAGCUUUUCCGAGCCCUCAACAUGCACUACAACAAGGCCAACGACUUUGAGGUGCCUGAUCGCUUUCUAGAGGUGGCUGAGAUCACACUGAGGGAGUUCUUUAACGCCAUCGUGGCCGGCAAAGACGUGGACCCGUCCUGGAAGAAGGCUAUUUACAAGGUCAUCUGCAAACUGGAUAGUGAGGUCCCUGAGAUCUUCAAGUCUCCAAACUGUCUCCAAGAGCUUCUACACGAGUAAAUUUUUCCUCCUCAUCCUCUUCG